AUGCUAUCUGAAGAUGAUUAUUCCAUCCACCGUGACCAACACCACCAUGAUUAUGAAUCAUUAACUCUCGCCAGACUCGCUCGUGACUCGCACCGAGUUACCUCACUCUUAGCAAAGCUCAAUUUCGCAAUCUCUGGAACCAACAAGUCAAAUUCGGUGUAUAAAGUGGAAGAUUUAACUACUCCAGUUACAUCAGGGUUUUUUCAAGGAAUCGAGGAAUACUUUGCUGGGGUUGGAUUGGGUACGCCAGUGCAAAUGUAUCACAUGGUGAUUGACACUGGAAGUGACAUAACGUGGCUUCAAUGUCAGCAGUGCUUCAAUUGCUACCAACAAACAGAGCCCAUUUAUGAUCCUUCAGGUUCAAGUUCAUACAAUGUGUUACCCUGCACCUCUCAACAAUGCGAGUCACUAUACCCUCGGAAUUGCUUGAGCAACCAGUGUUUGUAUCAGGUGUUGUAUGGAGAUGGAUCGUCUACUAACGGUAAUUUUGUUACAAAGACGAUAUUGUUUGGGAAUUCAGGAUUUGUUCUGUCAGUAGCCAUAGGGGAAGAUGAAGAGGGUGGGGGUGGGUGGUAUUUUCAUGAGUAA